GCGCGGUGCUUCGAGCAAACGAGCUCGGUACCAGAGUACGGAAUUGGACGUUUUGUGUUCCUGUGAGCCGUGAACUAUUACCUAUGACCUGUGAAUCCUGGUAGCUACACUCGCAUCACAGCUGGAAGCACGAAAGCAGUUCAGAUCAGCCCGGCCACGCCUCAGCCAAACCUCAGCCAGGCCUCACGGGACUCCCGUUUUCUGACUAUGGCAGACAGACGGCGCAUAAACGGCCCAGUAGGCACAACAUAUCCCCCCGUUUUUAUCAAUGAGCCGGCAGACAAUGGAAAGAAGGUGCAGAGGAUACGGACAAGGCCGCCAAACACCAUCAGGAAAAUGUUCCUCAAGACCGGCAUAACACCGCCGGCCAGCGGCUCGGCGUACCUGGAGAUUGAGCACCCGUCGGGCAGCGGCAUGUCGGGGCUGAAGCUGGCCUGCACCGUCCACGGCCCGCGGGCGCUGCCGCGGUCGGCGCCCUUCUCGCCGCACAUUGUGCUGUCGACGCACGUCAAGUACGCGCCAUUUGCCACCAAGCAGCGCCGCGGCUACAUCCGCGAUGCCAGCGAGCGCGACCUAUCGGUGCACCUCGAGACGGCCCUGCGCGGCGCCAUCAUCGCCGACCGCUGGCCCAAGAGCGGCGUCGACGUCAUCGUGUCGGUCAUCGAGGGCGACCAGGACCGCAGCCAGCCCGACGGCGACGGCGAGGCCUGGGGCACCAUGAGCGUGCUGAGCGGCUGCAUCACCGUGGCGGCGGCUGCGCUGGCCGACGCGGGCAUCGACUGCGUCGACGUCGUCGCUGGCGGCGUGGCCGCGCUGGUGGUGGACGCGGGGGCUCCCGAGGGCGCAGAGGGAACCAUCGUGCUGGAUCCCGUGCCGGCGGAGCACGAGAGGGUCGUGGCUGCCUGCUGCGUUGCCUACCUCCCCAACAGGGACGAGGUGACGACCCUGUGGUUCAAGGGGAACGUCGCGACAUCCGACACGGCGCUGUACCUGGACGUGGUCAAUAGCGCGGUCAAGGCGUCUAGGAGCGCAAAUAGGGUCUUGGCGGACAGCUUGAAAGAGACGAUCCGACAAACUAUAUGAGGUUGAUAGGGCGGUGGGUAGUACGGCAGUUUGUAAUUAAUCUGGCAGUGUAUAAUGCAGGCACGGCUAGGUGAUUCUUUACAUCCAGCAUUAGGUACGCCCUAAACGUUGAAAAUCUGAUUAUUAUUUUUUGUAACAAAAAAACGAAUUAAAAACCGUGACCGGACUUGCCUG